AUGCAGUAUAUGAUGUGGAUGAAAAGCAAACAACUGUUGAAUUCACGCUUUCAAUCAUCCGUGGGUUCAUUCAACACAUCAUCAUCAUCAUGGGAAGAACAAGCUUUUGCCGAAGAUGCUGCUGGUCCUCUUGGAGGAUUUGUAUGGCCUCCAAGAUCAUAUUCCUGCACUUUUUGUAGAAGAGAGUUUAGGUCAGCUCAAGCACUAGGUGGUCAUAUGAACGUCCACAGGAGGGAUAGAGCUAGACUUAAGCAAUCUCUUUGCAGUGAUCAAACUCCCUCCUCCGCUCCCGAAAUCCAACAGUCACCUCAAGCUGGCGAUUCCUCCUCGCCUUUUUCAUCUGUCUCUAGGGCUUCAGCCACCGUAAUUUCCCAAGAGACUUCCAGUGAAGAAGCUUACGUCUCUCCUUUUUCUUCUUCUAUCACAAAGGAGCAACAGCGACUGUUUCCUUAUUUAUCUUCUCCAGAUUCCAGAAAUGGAAUUAGAAAAAGUGCAAGGAAAGAAGAACUUCUUGUGCUGGAUCGUCGUGAUCAUGCUGCUGUCGAAACAAAUUUAUCUGUGGGAAUUAAUUCCCAUAACACACAGGGAAGUUCUCUUCAUAAUGAAGAGAUGGCAAUUAACUCCAAGAGAGUUAGAAGUAAUGCAUCAUUUCCGGUGUACCACAAACCGUGUUCAAGUGAUAGAUUUCCUUUCCAAUAUGAGAUGUUAAGGAUGAAGAUGUCCAGGGCCAGCUCAAUUGAGGACAUAGAUCUGGAGCUCAGGCUAGGUGAUCCACCAGCUGUGAAAUAA